AUGCGCUCACAGGGCGUGGAUGUCUGGGGAUCCCUGAAUCACUGCUCUGUCAUCGCUGCGCCCACGGGCACCUUCUCUGCGGCUGCCCCACGGCUCCUGGCAGCACAGGGAUCCUGCACCCACGGAGCCUGCUACCCUGCCCCCGGGGACCUGCUGCUGGGCCGGGCUCCUCUCCUGACAGCCUCCUCCACCUGCGGCCUCCGCCAGCCCGAGACCUACUGCACACCCCACGGACAGUGGAGCAUGAAGUGCUGCAGGUGUGACUCGAGGCUGCCGCACAGCUACAGCGGGCACCGCGUGGAGAACGUGCUGGCCUCGGCCGGCCGCGCGCGCUGGUGGCAGUCCCAGAAUGGUGUGCAGCGCGUGUCCCUGCAGCUGGACCUGCAGCAGCCGUUCCAGCUGCACAGCGUGGUGCUGCACUUCAGGUCGCCGCCCGCAGCGAUGCUGAUCGAGCGCUCGCUGGACGCCGGCAGGACGUGGCAGGUGCUGCAGUACCUGGCCUCCGACUGUGCCACUGCCUUCCCCCAUGUGCCCCCUGGGCCCCCCGAGGGCUGGCAGGACCCCCGGUGCCAGGAGCUGCGCGGGCACCCCCUGCACGGGGGCACGGUGAAAUUCAGUGUCCAAGAGCUGGGCUCUGCAAUCAGCUCCUCUUACAGCCAGGCCAUCGGGAAGCUGGGGCCCUUCACCAACCUGCGCAUCAACUUCACGGAGCUGCCCCACAUCCCUCGCCAGGGCUACCACUCGCCCAGCACCUUCUACGCCGUGACGGAGAUGCAGGUGCUGGGGAGCUGCUUCUGCCAUGGCCACGCCGAGCGCUGCGGCCCCGAUGAGGAGCAGCACAGCAUGGGUCGCGGCGUGUCUGUGCAGCAGGUCCCUGCUCGCUGCGUGUGCCAGCACAACACGGCCGGGCCGCACUGCGAGCGCUGCGCCGCCCUGUUCAACGCCCGGCCCUGGGCGCCCGCCGAGGACAGCGACCCCCACGCCUGCCAGCGGUGUGAGUGCAAUGGCCACGCGUCCUCGUGCCACUUCGACCCGGAGGUGUACCAGGCCAGCGGCGGGGCGGACGGGGGCGUGUGUGACAGCUGCCAGCACAACACCGAGGGCACCAACUGCGAGCGCUGCAAAUCCGGCUACUUCCGCAACCCGCGGCGGGCGCUGAGCCACCCCGAGGCCUGUCUGCCCUGCGAGUGUGACCCGGAGGGCACCGUGCCCGGCUCCGUCUGCGACCCGGACACGGGGCGCUGCGUCUGCAAGGAUAAUGUGCAGGGCGACCGCUGCCACCUCUGCAAGCCGGGCUUUGCCCAGCUGGCCGCUGCCAACCCCGCUGGGUGCCGCAAGUGUGACUGCGACUUCCAUGGCACGGAGGAGGCGGGCUGUGACCGUGCCACGGGCCGGUGCCUGUGCCGCGCCGGCGUCGCCGGGGCCCGCUGCGAGCGGUGCCAGCGGGGCCACUGCAGCUCGCAGCGCGGCUGCCAGCCCUGCCACCCCUGCUUCCACACCUACGACGGCGACAUCGAGCGCCUGCGCCGGCGCCAGGCCGGCCUGGCCAACGCCACAGCGCGGCUGGAGCAAGUCCAAGGCAUAAAUCCCGACCUUCAUUUCCUGGAUGACACUGCCUCUCUGUCAAGGGAGCUCGAAGCCCUCAACAGCAGCUUGUUUGCCACCAGCUCCCAGUUCCAGAGCAAGAAGAGCCAGUUUGAGAGCAGCCGCAGCACGGACCUGUCAGCCCCGGGGCUGCUGGCCCAGGCCCGGGAGAGCCGCCGGAGCGCCGUGGGGCUGCAGGGGGACCUGGCUGGGGACACGGCCAAGCUGCUGGCCCUGAGGGCCGAGCUGGCCUCGGGCCCCGACCUGACCCCUGUCAUCAACCAGGUGUGCGGAGGGGCCCGAGCGGAGCCGUGCACCCCUGCCCGCUGCCAGGGGCUGCUGUGCCCUCGGGACAACAGCUCUUCCUGUGGGGCUGGCCGGCCCUGCCACGGCCUCUUCCCGCUGGCCAGCGGGGCCCUGGCUGCGGCCGGGCGAGCGGCCAAGGAGUUCGGCAGCCUGAGCGCCCGGCUCCGGGACACGGCACAGCUGAUCCAGAGGACGGAGCUGUCGGCGACCCAGGUCCAGAGCAGCACGCGGCGGCUGGCGGAGCAGCUGGGGACCAGCAGGAUGCAGCUCCAGGGCGACGUGCGGCGGGUGCAGCAGCUCCUGCAGCGGCUGCGGGGCGUCCUGGCAGACAAGGACAUGGAUCCUGCCUCCAUCCAGGAAAUCAGUGAGUCAGUUCUCUCCCUGCGUCUCCCCACGGACGCCGCUGCAGUCCGGAGGAGAAUGACGGAGAUCCAAAAGCUGGCGGCCGAGCUGCAGUGCCCCGAGGACAUCCUUGCCCAGACGGCCGAGGACAUUGCCAGGGCCAAGCGGCUGCAGCAGGAGGCAGAGCAGGCCAGGAACCGGGCGAACGCCGUGGAGGCCGGCGUGGAGGAGGUGGUGGGGAACCUGCAGCGAGCCAACGCGGCGCUGCUGGAGGCGCAGGGAGCCCUCCGGGGCUCGGGCUCCUCGCUGCGCUUCAUCCGCGAGCGCGUGGAGGAGGUGAGGGACGCCAGAGCCUCCCGGAGCCGCCCCAGGUCCUGUGCCCGCCUGUGUCCUUCAGGCAGCACAAUCGAGGCUGUGCUCGGGCCGGCCCAGAAGAACGUGGAGGCCGUGGGGGCCGGGCUGGCCGGGCUGGCCGGGCGGCUCUCGCAGCUGCAGCGUGGUGCUGAGCGGAACCGCCUGCGGGCCGGGGACACGCGGGACACGGCAGGGACGGCGGCACAGCGGGCGGGCGAGGCCCAGCAGGCUCUGGCCCAGGUGCAGGAGCUGUUCUCGGAGCUGCAGAGCAGGGCAGGGCAGGGCCCGGCGCUGGGCGAGCAGGGCAGCAGGGUGCAGAGCAUCGGCCGCGAGGCGCAGGCGCUCUUCCAGGAGACCCUGGGCAUCGUGCUCAGGAUGGAAACUUUAGAGUCGGAAAUUCAGGAAGGCAACAAGGCCCUGGUGUCCAGGAUGUCGCGGCUGUCGGGGCUGGAGGAGCAGGUGGGAAGGAUCCGGGACAGCAUCAAGAGGAAAGUCGCCUACUACGAGAGCUGCUCCUGAGCAGCCCCGUGCCCAGGGCACCGCUGCCCGCUCUGCACCAUCCCCGCUUCCCAGCCGGAGCUCUCCUGUGCCCAACAGCCCUAUUUUUAGCAAGUUAAUUUUCCGUACCUCUGGAAAAUAGCUGCACUGAACCGAAGGAGCAACCCCGUGGAGGGGUUGGGCUGGCCAAAGCUGCCCAGUGGUUGGAGGAAAGAAGGGGGAGAGACAUCAGGCUCCCAUGGCAAAUAAACACAUCCCUGGGUUGUUAUUUCCAGAGGGCUUUAUAAACCACGAAAUUAUCUUUUUCUUCUUUUAGCCAAUUCAAGCUCUUUAAGCUGAAUUUCACUGUUCAAAUUAAAGCCCUCCUGUGGGGUCUUCUAAA